CGAAUGUACGGCUGGGACGAUUUGAAUGGGCGUACACCGCCAGGAAGUUGCUCAUUUCCGAUAUGGAGCUCGAGGGACUGACGACGUGGCUGGACGAUGCGUGGCAUGGCCUCGAGGCCCAUGGCUGGAUGAAGACGGACUCGUUCUGCAUGUCGCCGGAAGGCGCCGACGAGGGCGUCAUCAUCCCCAACACCACCAUCUUCAACACGACCGACGACUGCGUCAAGCACGCGCUCCUCAACCUACCCUACUCGGAGGGCCUCGCCGCCAUGGAAGAUCCGAUCUGGGACCACAUGCAGUAUCGCCUCAAGUGGCAGGUGCUCCAGCUGCAGUCUGGCGUCCGCUGGUUUGCGCAGCCUGGCCUCAAGCUCGGCGGCCUCCAGCCUGGCGUCAACCUCUACGAGAAGCGCAUCCAGGCCAUCAUGGCGUUCCUCCAGGUCGUGCUGGGCCUCAAGCGCAAGCGCGUCGAAGUACUCGAAACGGAAAUGACCAAGCGCGUCAAGAGCGCGACGCCGCCGGUCGUCGAGCCCAUUGCGCUUCCCGAGGGCCCGAAUCCCUUUGUCAUGGCGACACCGACCAAGACCGCCAAAAAGCGCGAGACGUCGCCCAACACAGCGCCCAAGCGGCGGUCCCCGAAGAAAGCAACCGUGGCCGACGGUGCCCAAACGCCGCCUCGCCGGUCGCCGCGCAGCUUGGAGGCCGAAGUCAAGACCGAAGAGGUCAUGGACGUCGCGUCACACACGCCAAUGAAGGCCACGUACGUCAAGAAGGCGCCGUCGCCCAUAUCGAUUGCUGCUGUCGCGCCCACGAGCGUUGCCAUGACACCAAAGAAGCGGUCGCCAACCAAGUCGACCGCCGUCACGAUGGGCGCCGUGGCCGACGAGACAUGCGACAUUCUCUUGACGCCAAAGCGACGGGGUCAGCCCAGCAAGGCCGCGCAAAGCCCCGCGGUGGCCGUCGUCUCGGUCCCGCCGCCCGCCCCUGCCACCCCCAGCAAGAUGGGCCUUCCGCCCCGCGCCACGAGCCCGAUGCCGGUCGGGGCGUCGACUCCGACCAAGCGUGCCCGCGCGUCCAAGGCUUUGAGCCCCGCCGCCUCCAUGACGUCGCCGGCCAAGAAGCAAAAGAUGCCGGACGCUGGUGACGUGCCCAUGACGCCGCCCCGCACGUCGCCGACCAAGCACGCUCUCCCCAACAGCCCGAUGCGGUCGUUCUCGACGCCCAAGAAGCAGACGACGCCGCCGUCGGUCUCGAUCUUCGGGUCGCCGGCCGAGACAAAACACUCGGACUCGGAGUGGCAGCCCAUCUUUGACAAGAAGCCCCGAAGCGUGUCGUCCCCGUACACGACCUCGUUUGCCUCUAGUCGCAACUCGUCGAUCAAGACGAGCACGCCGAGCCGCCGGCCGCCGCUGCCGCCGACGACAACCACCUCGGUGGACGAGGAAAGCCAGUCGCCCAUGUCCAUCUCGCACAUCUUGUCGUCCGAGACGGCGCCGUCGACGAGCCAUCUCGUGGCGCGGAACCUCAACCUCGCGAGCUUCCAGCACGAAAAGGUCGUCAAGCGCGAGGCCGAUUUCGAGUCCGUGUCGAACGCGAUGAACGACCUCCUCGACGGCGCGUACUCGCACUUGACGCACGAGAGCCCGACCGUCGGCCGCCGGAACGAGCUUGACACCAAGUUUGCUGCGACGCCGGAUGUCGAAGCGCACAAGGCGGUGCCGCUGUGCACGCCGCCGUCCAAGGCGGUCAACCUCGUCUUUCGCCGGCGCGUGCUGACGACGUUUCUAAGCUCGGGCUGGCAGUCAGUGGCACCGCCGAUCAACGGGAAAGGCAACUACUUUUACAUGCAUAAGGCGUUCCAUGGCAAGUCCAUUGCGCGCGAAGACCUCGAGCAAUAUGCGAUCGAACACGACGUGUUUGCGCCCCGUGCGCUCUCGAACCCGUCGGCGGUCUUCAACUGGGUCAUGAUCCACGGCAAGGUCCACGACAGCAACGCGUCGCCGGCCAAGACACCCACCGUGAGCCGCAAGCUCCUCUCGCCGUCGCCCACGCGCCGCAUCUCGUUCAACAGCCAAUAGACGCGCCGACACUUGACACAUUGAUAGUUGACCACGCUGUACAGAUAUUACUAGUCUUAUGAAUUUAUUUGAAUCGUCCAUAAUUUUGUCCAACGUAAGCAACUGGUACUGGU